GUUAAUAACAUUGGGAAACUCAAAGACUUUCUUCUGCAGCACCGGAAAGAUUAUAUUAAUGCUUAUAGCCACCUCAUGUCGGAGUACGUGCGAAUGUCGGACACGGAUCGAGAUCAGAUUGACCAAGAUGCCCAGAUCUUCAUGAGGACCUGUGCUGAUGCGAUUCAGCAGCUCAGAGCAGAAGCACACAAGGACAUCCAUUCCCUACAAGUGAAGCAGCACCGAGAAACUGUAUUGGAUUUCAUUGCAGACUACUUAAAAAAUCCAGGCUUGAGCCUGAGCAAAGCAACAAGUCAGCGCCCCCUGCUUCUGGUGGAAAAGCCCCUGGGACGGAGACGGAAGCUCCUCCUCCUCCUCCUGAGGAAUGGGAAGAAAAACUCACCAGGGAAGGCAGCCGAGAGAGGAACCUAGUGGAUGAGCAGGCUGGUUUUGGUCUUGGUCAAGACAGCAGAGGAGAAGAUGAGCUUUCCCCAGAAGAAAUCCAAAUGUUUGAGCAGGAAAACCAACGCCUUGUGGGUGAAAUGAACAGCCUGUUUGAUGAAGUGAGGCAGAUUGAAGGGAAAGUAGUUGAAAUAUCUAGACUUCAAGAAAUAUUUACAGAAAAAGUAUUACAACAGGAAGCUGAAAUUGACAGUAUCCACCAUAUAGUUGUGGGUGCGACGGAGAACAUCAAGGAAGGCAACGAAGACAUCAGAGAGGCAAUCAAGAACAACGCUGGAUUCCGCGUGUGGAUCCUUUUCUUCCUGGUCAUGUGCUCCUUCUCCCUGCUCUUCCUGGACUGGUAUGGAAGCUGAUCCUGGCCAAUAAAGGAACCACCUCGCCAGGUGACCCUGCGGGGUUCACGGACCACGGCUGUGGAAACACACAUGUAGCGUCCGUGUGUGUGUGUGUGUGUGUGUGUAUGUGCCUGUGCAAACUCUUUAACACUCAGGAACCUCCCAGAGGUCGUAGGGAGCCUUAGGCGGCAGAAGGAAACUGGGCGGCUGCCAGGAAAUGCUCAAGAAAAGUGUUGACAGGUAGAGGAUCACAGCAGUGGGAAGUUGCCAAACAUUUGUAUGUGAUGAAAUGCCCAGCAGCUGUUUCUCCUUCAGGGGUGGGGCAGGGGGCAGCGCUUGCCAGCGUGAAGGAUGCCCACUGGUCUUCCCUGUUGGCGGAAGUGGGGGGGGGAGGGAGACCCCAAGCCCCCGAAAAAGUCUCCUUAUGGAGAGGGGCUACUUGGCUCUUUCCAGAAACUCUACACUCCACCUCCCUCACCUCAUUUUGUCUUCCCUUUCAAAGCCCCCAUUGGCCCCUUGAGCUUUGGGGACACCAAGACUUUGGGGGGGGUCUGUGGAAGUGAAACACCCCCCCACCCCCCGGGAUUCUUGCUGAGACAUAGUCAUGUAAAUAAUCAUUAUUAGAAAGGUGUUUUAGAAGAGGUUUUUAUUGCAAGUAGGGUGAUUGGAAUCCUUCAUUUCUUUUCCUCUUCGCCGCUGCAAACAUCUAUUUAAACAUACGGAGUUUGAGACUGGAGCAUACUAUUUUAUUUUACACAGAGUGAAAAUGUCAAAAGUUACAUGUGAAUUCGGUGAAAGUACUGACUACUAGGGAAUAGAAACAUGGUGCUGUGUGUACAAGAGAGAACUCCUUAAUGCAAAUGAAAGAUUUGGCACAUAAGUUAUUGCUUUUUAUGUAUUCCACGCAGCAGCGAUUACAUACCAAAAAUUGUACAAUAUGUAACUAUAUUUAAUAAUAAAAUUUCCAACAAAACCAUAAAUGGCGUUUUCCAAAUAGAUCAAUGCAAAAAAAAAAAAAAAGGUCUGGAAGGAAA